AUGGGACGCGUCAAGGCUGAAUAUCCGCUGUGGAAAUGCCACCGCACCGAAGCUAAAGCAGGUAGUGCAAAGUCCGCUUUACCUGGUGUUAGCGCAGUCUUGACUGACGAGACAAAGGCAGAAAUUAGUGAGCAAAUUUCGCAGGCGACUACACUUGCAGACGUCUGGGGACUGACAGGGCUUGUGGGAAACCCAGACUCAGAAGAAUCUGUCGCUUUUGAUACAUCCACAGAACCAAUCAUUGACAGUGACGGUACAGAGGAAUACCUCAAAGAUCCGGAUUUUUCUUCUAUGGUAAACGCGUACUGGACGUGGCCGUUCAGCCCUGACAAUCGCGGCGUGUAUGUGACUUAG